UGAAGCUGAAAGUCUCAAACACCAAUAACUUGCAAGAUUUCGAAACUACCAGUAAUAAACAAGAUGCAUUCCCCCAAAGAGAGAACAGCAACACAUAGAUUCACAGGAUUAGGUGGUAAAAGAUUUCUUCUAAAUUUGAGUAUAUCUAGCUAGUUUGAUCAAGUAUAGCCAAAAGGGUCUCAAAACUCAUCAAGAAGAUAUAAAUGAUGAAGAGAAGAAGAGAAAUAGAGAAUGGAUCAGAAAUAAGGUCCGCCAUUGAUGAACUAUCCAUGGUGGUUCAUAAAGUUAAACCCGCUGAUCAUAGCAGUGGUGCGGCAAACGAAAAUCAUCAAAAUGUUUCAAUGGCUUAUAUUCCCACCAAGCCUUUUCUAUCAAUCUGCAGCUUGCUCCUUCAAGUUCUUGAUAAGAUAGGCCCAACAAUGGCUGUGUUGAGACAAGACAUUCAUCAGAACAUACAGCGGUUAGAGAAGAUAUACGAAUCAGAGCCAUCACUUUAUUCCAAUGUAUUGGAAAUAUUGAAAAAAGAGGACGUUGAAGGCAAAGCAAGAACUGGUCACAGCUGUAGUAGAGCCUUUGUUUGGUUGACCAGAUCAUUGGACUUUACUGUUACUUUACUGCAAUUGUUGGUGGAGGAUCUGAAUAGGAAUUUGGAACAAGCAGUGGAAGAAUCAUAUAAUCUCACUCUCAGACCAUGGCAUGGUUGGAUUUCUUCAGCAGCAUAUAAAGUAGCCCUGAAACUUGUGCCAGAUACCAAAUGUUUCAUCACUCUUCUGAUGGCCAAAGAUGAAACUGAAGACUUGCUCAAGGAAGAAAUGUGCACCUUGAUUUCACACUGUGUUCCCAUUUUAGAAGAAAUUCAUAGUGUUCUGAAUGCCAAAGGACUGGAUAGAUUAAAGUGUACCUGAAAGAAAAAAGCAGAUGAUAACUGAUCAAACCAACCAGAUUGUACAUACUGUGUAUAUAGAGCUAGAUCUCCGUAAGGUUUCUGUGUUGAUUUGCUCAUGUAUACAUAGAUAUAAAAAAACUGUAAGAAAUGGAAAAAGAAUGUAAGUAAUACAAGUAGCUACUUAAUUUCUUCUAGUUCAUGAUGGCAUUAUGCUUAGUUCAGACUUCAGAUAGUGAAAAUCAACCCUUUUGGCCGUACAAGUUCGCUGAUUUGAAAAAAUCAAAAUUGACUGCCUGAAAUGUACCCUCUUUGUAGGGUUUCAACUGCCGAAUGAGUUUUGAUCUUUUAAGGAGAAUCUUUAAUUCUUCAUCACUGACUUUCCAAAUCGAGUCCCGGGGAAUGAUGAACAUCUGAUUCUGUUCCGCGGCUUUAAAAUGAAUCACUACAGGGGCUGAUUCUGUUCUUGUCUCUUUAGGUGAAUUGUUGCCAAACCCAGAUUCUCAAAUUCAGCCCAACAAAAAAAUUCCAAGAAAUAGUCCUUCAAAUUUCAUUUCUAAAAUCAUUCUCUCUUUUUGAGUCUAUGAAGAGGAUACAGGGGAUGCUACUCAAUCUCCAUUGGCAGCUCUGCAUCAUCUUUUAUGAAAGGGAAGAUUGUCAUUCUUCACAGCUGAAAUGGGUUUCCAUGCUUUUGAAUGUAAUGGUUCCCGACAGCUGUUGCACAAUUUGGAAGUCGCAGCUUCAUCAUAUGAUGGGCUUUAGUAGUAAGUUUCAGGCGAUGCUGCCGGAGGCUGAAAUGAUGCUGUUCCCCCGUUUCUACUUUUGUUGAAUGCAAAAUUGCAGUAAAUACAGUAUUUUUGGGUGUGUCCUGCACCAAAACUUGAGACCUUUCCUUGGCAAUGUUGAUUUUGUUCUGAAUACUUGCCAUCAUGAAAGGGCCACCUACCUCUUUUUCUUCAUGUGAAAUAUUGCUCUGAAUAGAUUAGUGAUGAAUUGCGAUUACUGCCUUUAGUUGAAUAUGAAUUUUUCACUCGUUACUCUGUUUUGUUUAAGUAGAAACCAACUGAAGAUACUCUUUGCAUUAUUCUUUUUGGCUGAUUCUCUGCCUCCCUGUUUCUACUGUUGAUCCAGAACACACAGAUAGGUCGCAAUGGUGAGGGCGUACUCACGAAGGGGUACAGACACCCAUGGGAAAGGGUGACUACUGCUUCUUGGAGCAAGUUUUGCUCGUCCUUGAAGUGGACAAACUGAACCAAAAAGUUGAUCCUCGUACCGGGAAAUUGCACACAAAUCAGCCCUGACUAUCCAUACUCCUGGGCCUUGGUUUCUUUGCAGAAUCACUGGUCAAGAAAUUUGCCACUGUGUUGAAUCUACAGUUGUUGAUGCUGCUUCUUGGUCGAUGCAACUGUCAACUGGGAACAUUAGUCUUCAAAAGUUUGUUGAGGUGGAAGAGAAACCGCUAUGAACCCCAUCCUGAGAACCCCACGGAUUGGUCAAUCUGCAGGCAGGAGACCCGAGACCGGCAUUCGCAUUAAACCACUGUCAGCACUGGCAUCGAUGGCAGAAAAGAUUGAACAGAUGUGUUGAUAAGUUCCAACGGAAUACUGCCAAAGGAAGUAAUGGAGAGGAUCUGUAAGUAUCUUCAAGCUGAAUCUAGGGGGAUCUCGAUUUUAGUAGCUCAUCUGUAGAAUGUGUAGAGUUUCCUAGUAUGUUAGAAUAAUAAUAAGUACAAGGAAAAAUAAAAGGAAAUGAUCUCAUCCAUCCAUUUUAAAAAUUUUCCAUAGACACAUUAUUCUUUGCAAAUUUUCCUUGUCAUUUUUUCCGUAUGUAUCACUGCUCUAUAUAUUUAUG